AGGUCUGUCCGACAAACAUGGGCUCACAUUUCAUGUCAAUGUGUUUGCUAUUAAUUUGGUGGACGAGUGUCGACACAAAUAAUUCAUUAGACGGUCAGUCGGUGUCCACACUAUCGCCGCAAAUAUUCAACGGAUCGGCAAAUGAUCUCUCGCUGCAGGACUCGAGCCUAUUGUCAAACACGAGUCUAACGGACCUCCAGAAUGAUAACGACACCCAACAGCUCCAGAUCCGAUUUAGAGAAAGGAAACGACAGGAGCGGCUGUUCUCAAUCCAGACCCAAAUCCUGUCCCGUCUGGGCAUCACUGGCCGCACCGCCAACUCAACCAAAGCUAACCCCAUAUCGGAUGAGGACCGAAGUCUGAUGAAUCGAGUGGUACAACAGGUCUCACCGGCGCCUACACCUCGCACUCGCGUUGUCGAGACAGUAACCGGGGUUAACGAGAUCUCGUCUUCCGACAUAUUCUCGGAAAGGCUGCAAAGUUUUUACCCGUCGUGUGCGCCGCCCAAUCACACCGACCCCACCCUCUGGGCCCAGGACUCGGGCUCUGAGAUGAAACUAUUUUACGACAUAACGUUCCCCCGAUCGCUGAGUGCGGAAAGGGAGGUGACGGCCGUGUCGGCGAAGUUACGGGUGUUUAAGUUUGCCGAUCCGCCCACCCGUCAACUCAUACCUAAUAAUAACAUGGGGUUCACGGUGUCCGAUCGCACGUAUCAGAUGACAUCUCAAGAAGGCUUAACUGUAUCGUUGUAUCAAUACAUGAGACCAUUGAGACAAAACCGAAGGGAAAAGAGACGGUUAAUAGACAGCCGUACUAUAGCAUGGAAUAAGCAAGGUUACAUUGAGUUCAACAUCAUUAAUGCGAUCAAUUACUGGCAAAACAACCCGAUCCGCAAUUUCGGUCUAUCCGUGGAAAUGGAAAACCCUUAUGGAGUCAAAUACAACCCUCACCUCUAUAUUAAUCCCAUGAAUUGCUCCGUGCAGGACACACCGAUGCCUAAUUUGGCGCAAAUAUUCCCGGAAAUGGCGAACGAGAGCGCGGUGUUCAACGCCGACAACUUCCCGACACUAGACUUACUGACCGUCGAAAUGGUGAGACAGGUGUCGGUCGCCAACACUACGACCGACGGCGCGCAGCGUCGCAAACGACUGGCCAUUCGGUCGACCGCUCGUACUAUCCGUAAAACUGGGUGUCGGAGCUCUAAGCAUGUCGUCUCCAUGAAAGACCUCAAUCUGGAGGAUAUUGUCCUAUACCCGACAUCACUGGAAAUGGCGGUUUGCGCCGGUAGCUGUCGUGGUCACCGGGGCAAACAUUACGAUUGCAUACCCACUGACUAUAAAGACAUUGAAUUUGUGUAUUUGGAUCGCGACUCAAACCCGACUAUUAAAACCCUUAAAGGAUUGGUUGCCCAGAGGUGCCACUGUUUCAAGGCUUACUCAUUCUGA